AUGAACCGGCAUUGGAGUGGUGCGGAUAUCGCCGAAGCGAUAGAGCUGACAUAUGCAUCCACUGACACCGACGGGUCAAUUCCACCUGCGUCUGCGAAUCAGAGUCGAACGUCUUUACCAUCACAUCACGAGUCCCAACCACUCCUGAAUCAGGGUGACAUCAAAGAUGCAGCACCGCAGAGGCGCCAGACUUCGAACCCUACACAUCGAACAAGGCUGGCAGUUGCCAUUGACAAUUCUCUACGAAUACUGGGUCUGCAGAUAAUCCCUUGGGCGCUCCAAAGUUUCCUUCAUGCAAGCCAGCGAGAGCCCAGACGCGUGGCUAUUGUUGCUGGUCGUCCAGCCGUCGUGCUCGCUUCUUUGCUGCAUGUUGUGCCUAUGGGAGCAUGCGUGGUGCUCAUUGCGUUGACAAGGAACGAGUACUACAUUAGUGGAGAAUUGGCUGGUGUUGUUGGUCAAGAUGCUCUAAAAUUUCUAGGACUGCAGCUUGCUGCUAAGCUGCAUGAAAUUACCAUGGUCGCCUCGUUGGCUGAGAUGAUUGUCUCGAGCAUCCGCCGCGAGAUACACGCAGGAAGAUCCAUUCCGUUUGCCGCACUUGCCGCUGGCCUGCAGUUCAACAGCAUUUCAUACCUUUGGUCCAGAGAUUUUAUGGCUAUUUGUCUCAACGGCUUUACCCAGAAUUGGCGGGCUCUACCAAUCGCCGUACUGAUCAUUAUGUGUUCGGUGCUUGGCGUCAUCGUGGCAGCUGCCAGUGCCACGGCCAUGCAACCAGUUCUCAGUUACUGGCCUGCGGGAGGAACCGAUGUCUGGUUGAAUGGAAGUAUUGAGUCUCUGUAUCCUACCACUGUGGAUGCUUCGCAUGUGGCCGCACCAGAAUGUUUGGUUGCAGGACGAAAUCCUCUGUGCCCUUCGGGUGGAUGGGAGACCUUGGGCACAAACAUGUUGUCUUUUUCCCCCGACUUCAAGCCAGUCCUGAUAAUUUGGGCAUAA